GAAGAAGAAGAAGAAGAAGAAGAAAAGAGAAACAUUCAACGUGAAAAUUCAACGUACGCGCGAGAUUGUGAUUUAUUCUGUGUAUCGAAAAAAGAAUUUGCGUGUUUAGUGAAGAUCGAGGAAUAAAAAACUCGAAAUAUAUUAUCGAAUACAAGAGAGAGAGAGAGAGAGAGAGAGUAGAGAAAGAGAGGAAGAGGAAGAAUAAAAAAAAAAGUCACGGCCGCGGGGGUGGGUAAUAGUGUGAGAGUGCGAUUUAACGCUCGUUGGGAUUUUACCGCAGUAAAAGUGGGUGCACUGGGGCCCUCGGGACCGUUCGGCCGGUACGGGCCCGUGGAAGGUGGGCCUGCUGGUGGUGGUGGUGGUGGUGGUGUCGGUGGUGGAGGUGGUGGUGGGCCUGUCGAGGGAGCGGUGGCCGCUGUCGCGGCUGGGGAGGUGGAGGGCUACGGGAGCGCCGGUGGCGGUGGCGGUGGGCUGGCAGGGGGACCCGGGGGGGUUGGUACCCCCCGGAUAAGGCUCGGCGGCUCUUGCUGCACGCGCCUUUCCGUCACCCAAGCUUGUAGCAUAGCAGGAAGACGAGGUUUGGCGAUGCUCCUGUCAUGUGCAGGAUGCGAGAAACCGAUACUGGAUCAGUACAUGCUCAACGUUUUGGAUCGAGUAUGGCAUGCCCAGUGUGUUCGCUGUUUCGAUUGCGGAUCGGCGUUACAGGACAAGUGUUACUCCAGGGAAGCAAAACUUUUCUGCAGGGAAGACUUUUUCAAACGAUACGGAACGAAAUGCGGCGGAUGUCUUCAAGGUAUCGGACCGCAGGAUCUAGUGAGGAAGGCAAGGGACAAGGUUUUCCACCUGAAUUGCUUCACCUGCGUGGUCUGUCGAAAGAAGAUGAGCACUGGAGAGGAACUCUACAUUCUGGACGACAACAAAUUCGUUUGCAAGCAAGACUACAUGUCUGGCAAAUCGAUCCCAGAUACUCAUCACGUGCAUGGUCAUCACGAAUCGUCCAACCUGUCGGCAGGAGGAGACUCUCUGAUGGGUUCCGGAUCGGAAGACGAGGACGAGGACGGUAGUGCGCACCAUCAUCAUCAUGGGGGCGUCGGUGGUACUCAUCUUGGUUCGCACAAUAUGGGUCCUGGUGGACCAGGUGACCAAAGUGUUGGACACACCGGGGACCUACAGCUCGGGGCUGAUCCUUGCAAGCAAGAGGACUCCGAGGAUCAAGGUUCCCUAGAUGGUGACCCAGAAACGAGAGACAGUCAAACGGAAAACAAGAGUCCCGAUGGUGGUGCUGGUGGUGGAAGCGGGGAUGGUGGUGCGGGAUCCAAAAGACGAGGUCCCAGAACUACCAUCAAAGCUAAACAAUUGGAGAUAUUGAAGAACGCUUUCUCUUCUACACCUAAACCUACCAGGCAUAUCAGAGAACAAUUGGCUAAGGAAACUGGAUUACCCAUGAGAGUCAUACAGGUCUGGUUUCAAAACAAAAGGAGCAAAGAAAGAAGGUUGAAGCAAUUAACGUCGAUAGGUAGAAGUCCAUAUUAUGCUGGCUCGAGAAAGAUCCGAGGUUUCCCAUUGAAUUUAAAUCCAGCUCUCGGAGGAGAGGACGGUCCACCGCCUAGUUUCGCGUAUUUCGGUGAUAAGUUUGAAUUUGGUUAUGGUAGUCCUGUUACGUUUCAUCCGGAAUUUUUCGGUGCUCAUCCUCCACCUCAUCCGCAUGGACCACCUUUCGCUGGACCAGGUAAUCCUGUACGUAAUCUGUUCUUGACAGGUCUAGACCCAGCCAGUUUAGCGGGUAUGGCAGCAGCAGUGGCGGUGACAGGGGAGUACCCACCUCCGGGUGCGGGAGGUGGUCCUCCGGAAUUUCUCACAGGGCCCCCUGGGCAGGGGCCUCCUGCACCCACUGGUGGCAGCCCCGGAGAGUUCCUAGCACCUUCAGGUGGAGCGCAGGGUAAUCCUAGUGGAGGAGGAAACGGUGGAGGACCAGGCGGGGGUGGUGGUGGGGGUGGGUUCCUCGAGCCUCACCAGAUGCAGAGCGAAGGUCUAGCCUGGUAGUACGAGUUUUAAUUACAACAAACACUUACACACACACACACACACACACAUGAAACAAAAAACGCGUCAUUCUCGUUUCCCUCCAAACUAUGAAAUAAUAAUAAUUAGCGAUUGAACAGGUAAGACAAAAAUUGAACAUUUUUCAAACUUUCGUGAACGAUUGGUUGGCCAUAUUUCAACGCGCUAAUUCGUGCGAUUAAAAAUGAAACAAACGUAAGGAUAAACUCGACGACUUUUCGCGUGUGCUACUACUCGUUUUCUGUAUAAAAAAAGAAUAUUAUUGAUAACGAAAACCAUUAUUAUUAUUAUUAUAAAGAAAAGCGACGACUU